UCGAAGUGAAACAACUGACCUACGGGCAUUUCCAGAUAAAUGUUCAGGGCACGAAACAGAAGAGGAAUGCAUCAGUUUGUCCGCCAAAGUACUGGAUGUAUUUCAAAUUGCCAAAAAUCCGGGAGCAAGUUUAAAAUUGACGUUGAUAAUUACUGAGAAAAUGCCGAGUGUGAUAACUCCCAUUUGUUUGUUUAACCGAGACAACGCGAUGGAUUUGCAACUUCAAAGAGAAUCGCCCGCCUACUUCAAAUGGUCAACACUACUCAAUAUGUACCAUCCUAGGCCAACCGAUGUGACGGGCCAAAGCAACUGUAGCACAGGUCUAAGCAGUGAUGAAUUUAGAUAUUUAAAAAAAUAUGACCUUCCCAUCCAGGAUAUCCUGUGUGUCGAGGAAUCCAAAAAGGGUUAUGAAUUUCUCAUCAAUUCCUACAAAGGCCGGUAUUUCUUCAGAGGUUUUAAACAUUUCGAACGAGUUUACAUUGACAUAUUGCCAUACAUUGACGAGAUCACUAUGCACGCAAAAGACAUUUUUGCUCUACGCUCGAUCCCUCGAACAAAACAACCGAGAGGAUUCACCGCGCCAAACAAACUCAGUUUCCGAAACUGCGGAAGGAAACCGACGUCAAGAAGGAGGAAACGGGAAAAUGACGAUUCUUCCGAAGUUUUACCACCGACUAGUCUUAUUUUCGGUGGACACAUGGCUCAGAGAGGUGGACAUCCGUGGCACGUUUCCAUUGAGAAUGAAGUGACUGGAGGAGCCUGCGGCGGGACAUUGAUUUCGCCGAGAGUAAUUUUGACUGCUGCUCAUUGCAUUUAUGGAUCAAAAGCAGAGGACUUCAGAGUUGCUGUUGGGAUGUAUGAUAAAAGACAAAGAAAAGGCCCUGGUGUUAUCAGAAGAAAGCUCAGCAGUCUGAUUGUGCACCCGAAAUACGACCCUGAGGAAUUCAUUAGUGACGUCGGACUCUUGAUUUUGAAGAAAAAAAUAAAUAGUUCCGACCAUGUCCGUCCGAUUUGCUUGUGGAACGUCGAUUCUGACCCUAACUUGGAACGCGUUGCUGGGACUGAAGCUAUGGUGGUUGGGUUCGGGCUUGCUGACAACUACACAUUGCCAAAUAAGCUGCAAGAAGCUCGACUGCCGAUUAGAACUCACAGAGAAUGCUUCUUGUCGAAAAGGAAAUUUUUCGGGAAAUAUUUGAGGCCGGGAGACAACUUUUGCGCCGGCUACACGAACGGAACAACCACCUGCAACGGGGACAGCGGAGGCAGCCUUUCCGUGGAAAAAAACGGCCGCUGGUUCAUCAGAGGCAUCGUAAGCUUUGGAAUGUCGAAAAAAGUGAUGUUUGAGGGCGAAGAGAGAUCUUUGUGUCACCCAAAUCAAUAUUCCCUGUUCGCUGACGUCGCAAGUUACGUGGACUGGAUCGUGGAAAACACGCCGGACAUUUCAUUCCGGAAUUAAAUGUGUGUUUUGAAACAAAAAAGAAGUUCGGCAAAUGAUUAGUGGUUAUUCAGUAGAAAAAUGGUAGAUGGACAGCGCAUUAUCUCUAAAAAAAUUAUUUUUGGUAUGGGUUUUUUUUAUAAUAAAAAUGGUUAUACAAAUUUUGA